AACAUCAAUUCGAUUGUCUGUUUGUUUUGUUUUUGUUGUCUGAUUUAUCAGUUAGUCAGUUACCGAACGUCGUCAUCAUGUUGACAUGGCAAAAGACUAUACUAUGGAUUACCUUAUUCAUCAUUGUCAUUGUAAUUGUUUCGCAUAGCUAAAUGCUUCAUGAAGGGAAAAUGACCAUAAAAUGGGUUUGCUUGAUUUUCAUGGUAGUGUAUUAAACCAUUUCUGUGAGUCACUCAUUGAUUUUGUUGUGACGCCCAGGAAAAUGACCAUAAAAUGGGUUUCUUGAUUUUCAUAGUGCACUAAACCAUUUCUGUGAGUCACUCACUGAUAUAAAUACCAUAUGAUGAGUAGUCAUCAUGUAUGGCUAAUGAUUAGAAGUUAGACAUGAAUAUGUAUCGUCCUCACCUAAAUUUGGAUGUGCACGUGUCUGUUUCAGAAAGAAAGUUAAGGACAGGAGAAGAUGAGCAUUGGACAACCACAAAAUCCAUUAGGUUGUCUGUUGACAGUCUGUUGAUGUCUUGUUCAGUAAAAAUAAAUUUCGUCAACAGUUUUGUUAUUGUUACAGGAUAUUGUUUCUCUUUUAGAGAAGUUCAGUGGAACAAAGGCAAUAUUUUGGGAUGAACAACUCACUGGCCCCAUUGGUUUGGUGGCAGAAUACAGUUUUCUUAAGGAACUAGAUGUUGUAAAAAUGUUUCAGUUAAAACCUGGGCGCUUGCCUUCCAUAUCUGUUAAAAAUAUGCUGUUCAUCACAAGACCUGAAGUUGAGCUGAUGGAUUGUAUUGCCGAUAACUUGCACAGCGAAGAAAGCCAAGGACAUUCUGCUAGUAAGGAAUAUCAGUUAAUUUUUGUCUCCCGACGAAGUGCAGUAUGUGAACAGCGGCUCAAGGACAAAGGAGUGUAUGGAACUCUUACUUCUAUUGAUGAACUGCCUGCUGAUUUUUUCCCACUAGAUAGUGAUGUCAUUUCAAUGGAACUCGAUAAUGUUUUCAAGGAUUUAUAUGUUGACAAUGAAAUCAGCUCCUUACACCAAAUUGCUCAUGGGUUAAUGUCCCUCCAAAGUUUAUAUGGCAUUUUCCCCAACGUUGUGGGUAAGGGGCGCCAUGCCCGUAACGUAUUCGAAUUGAUGACUCGAAUGCGACGUGAUAUUGGGGUAGACUGUGAUCCCCCCAUGUCUCCGUUGUUCGACACUCUCAUGAUCAUUGAUAGGACUGUAGAUUUGAUAACUCCUGUUGUCACUCAGUUGACCUAUGAGGGUCUUAUCGACGAAUUCCAUGGAAUAAAACAUAAUACAGUCAAGCUUCCAGGAGAAAAUUUUCAAGCCUCAUCAAAUGCGGGCCAGUCACCUCGCUCUGAUGGUAGCUCUGUUAAAUCUGUUGUUCUAAACUCGGCCGAAGAGCUUUACGCUGAUUUGAGGGACAAGAACUUUUCAGCCGUGGGUACUGCACUCAGUCGCAAAGCUAAAGCUAUUUCAGCUCAGUAGCCUGGAUAACGCCAUUGUUGCAUUUGGAGGUGUUAAGGUUUCUGCAUUCGCACGCGAUAGUGGAGAAAUAUUCCUAGACUCCUUCGAUGAUUCGGUAAUCAUGAUCAACCCGGAUAUACCUGAUGAAAGGGAGCUGAGGGAGUGGCUUAAAGACAAUCAGUAAACAAAUCCUUUUUUACUGAUUGUCUGAAGAUCUUAAUUACUUGACGUCCU